CAUGUUUAUUUGUCAGGUGGUAAAUUCAUUGGUCCGACAUUCCUGAAGUUAUUGAACGAUGGCUUUACAUAUAUUUUGAAAGUUUCAAAUUGCUGAUUAUCACUAUGCAGGAAUGGAAUGAGUACCCUUAAUUUAGAGGAAACGAUUCAUAAUGUAAUUUGAAGCCAAAAAAUGUAAUCGUAAUUUAUAAAGGUACACGGUUAAUGCAUUCAAAAUCACAGGUGACCAAAACAUUUUUCUUCUCUCAGGCCUUUUCCAAAACCACAUAAAAAGACAUGACUUAAAGAAUUACUACAGCACUUUAAAGGUUUCCUCAAAACUCUUUUAUGGAUCAGCUCUGCUGAUAGAGCCGUCCAGCUCCCCCACAGGUCAGUGACUCAGGGCUCAUUUCCAGCUCUCUGUGCAGGCCUACGCAAUGCGGACGGUCCGCCAGGCGGGUUGCCAGCUCGGAUCAUUCAAAUUGAAUUUAGUGGAAUUUUUUGUUGUUGUGAGUAAUUAAGUUUCUUUUUGUCUGGCUUUGAGAUGGAAAUGAACUGAGUUUGUCUUUCAUUGCUGUGUCUUUACAGCCCACAAAACAAACAGGGCCAUUGCAUUACAAAUGAUUUGUUGUGGUCAGAGCAAGUUUACAGCUUCAAAUCUAAUGUCAUUUUACUGUGUAACUAUGAUCUGUUGAGCAUUACACUGUCAGGCCUCCCCUCAGUGGAAAUGUACAUUUAGCAAUUCUCUUUACUGCUGCAUAUUGACUAGAUGUCCAAACAACCAAAAAACUGUGGGGAAUUUUCAACAUCAAUGUUUGGUUUCUUUGACGUGGUGAAACGCCUACCUUGUUAGGUUCUGUGUGUGUGUGUGUGUGUGUGUGUGUGUGUGUGUGUGUGUGUGUGUGUGUGGGGGGGGGGGGGGGGGGGGGGUGCUUUGUUAGGUCAGUGAUGUAAUACCGUAACCUCCCAUGGGAACAUUCAUCUGGUUUCCCUUUAUCUAAUUGGGAGAGAGGGAGCAAGUCAGUGGGAUAAAAGGAGGAGGCAGAGACAGAGGAAGACAGACUGUGUAAGAAGAGGAACGAAUGGGAGAGGCUUAAUUGAAUAAAAGCCUCUGUUAGUCUCAGAUGCUGUAAAUAAGGAGGACAUUUAAACUGAGGUCCAUUCCUUAUUGAAUCCCUCUGGGGGACUCAGUUACCUCUCUGUCUUCUCUUUUAUUUUUCAAAGCAUUACACACUAACGCCAACUUCCACUACCCCACUUUCAUUUGAAAAAACUGACAUAAAUCUGUUACACCUAAACUGAUUAGCUGUGUUUGGAUAGAGCAACAUGCAUUAAUACAGUAUAUCCAUGGCAGCCUCACUUCUCCCAACCCCCACUCCCUCUUCAACCCCCUCCCCCCCAACUCUAGCACACACAGCAUAUUCAUGAUGAAGCAUUCUGCUGUUUAAACUCUGGCUGAUCUGUCUCUCUGCAAGCCCUAAAUCAACGUUAUGGGCCAUUUUAGAAAUUACUACCAUUAAGAAAUGCAUACAUACACUUUUCCCCCAUUUGUGCUCAGAAAAGCGGGUCACACUCACAUGCAUCCUUGGCUUCUGCUGAGCCUGAUGCUUGAACAUGAAAUUAUAUAGCAGGCAAUAUUUUGAUGAAGAUCUCCCUUGUUACCAACCUGUAUUGUCAUAAAAUGUAUCUAAACAAUUUUGACAAAUCAGAGCUGAAUUUUCUACAAUUCAAUUAAUUUGUUAACAAAGUCUAUUGUCUUCUGUGUGAAUUCUUAUUUAACAUUCCUAAACAUUAAUAAAUAAAUAAAUUUUGGGAAUAUGCAUAUUGGCUUUCUUACAGAGAGUUGGUUGCAAAGAUUUAUACUACUUGUUUGUCCAAAAAUCAAGCUUCUACCAGAAGCUGGCUAACUUAGCUUAGCAUAAGACUGAAAAGAGCAAGCCUGACAUCCAUUUGACACAUACUGUAUGUCCUUCGCAUAUGCAAUUUGACAACUUCAUUUUGGACCCGUUAGACAUUUAAAGGUCCUGAAAACCUUUUUUAUCCAUCAGCCUAUUCUUAAUAAUGGAGUCCUACAUGAACACAGCUUUCCUUUGUCAAAGACACAUUGACAGAUUGAAUUUGUGUUUUUGGCUGUGCUCUUAUCACUGGUUUGAAGUGGGCAAGGCUCAGUUAGAAAAAGGUGAGGCUGUGUUUUUCCAUGCGGUAAUUACGAUUACGUGAUUUUAUUACGUAAUUACGUGAUUCAAAAAGUGAUGGCAGUCUGAUCUUUAAUUGUAAUUGUUUUAAAUAUUGUGUGUUGCAGAGAAAUAUUUAAGAUUUGAGACCAAGAGGCUUUAAUAAUAAAAGAAAGAAAAAUGAUUUUCCCUCCUCUUGGAAACGUCAGCUGUCUCUAUCUCCCCUUCUUUGUACUGAAAUACAAUAAGGGAAGAACACCGCACUAUACCUUGAAGACGGAACCUGAUGGAAAUAUUUUGAUACAACCCUGAUCGAGUUAGAGCAGAUCAUUUUCAUGUAACACUUUUGUAAUGAUAAUACCCAAAGCUUAAGUAAUAAAGGAAGGAGCGAAAUCUGCCUCUUGUCAGCUUUUUACGAUGAGGAGCACUUGCAUGAUUAGAUGUCUUGGGAUCGAUGCAGCCUCUUCUCCCAAUCAUUAAGACUGCUCUUAACAGAUUACAGCCCCCUCCCAAACACACACAGUUGUUUCUCUUCCUGCUCCUCCUUCUGUCUCCCAUACUCUUUCUUUCAGCAGAUAGAACAGAAUACUUUCCCUUUAGCAGUUCUUUAGCUUAUUUCAUCCUUUUUAGGGCUUUUUUAACACCCUAAGCAACAGAUCACCUCUUAAGGUUUAGGAAGAUUUUCCUCACCUGAGCUCCACUGAUGACCAGAGGAGCAGACAUCGGAAUGAAAAAGACUGAACCAAAAUUCAAGUGGUGGUGGUGAAUUGCUGGCAAAGAUGGACCUGCUGACAAUCUUCUGUCACCUCCUGCUUUUAUGUUUUGAUCCAUCUGCAGCUACAAGCCUCAUCACAGCGGACAUAUUCGAAGCCAGAGGUCAACGUGUGUGCAAGGCAGGAAAAGGGAGGCCGUGUUACAAGCUGGCCUAUUUCUCUGAGCUCCGGCGGAAGCUCAACUUCGUGGAGGCAAAGCUCGCAUGCAGACGGGACGGAGGGCAGCUGCUGAGCGUGGAGUCGGCUUCUGAGCAGAAGAUCAUAGAGCAGCUCAUCACAGAGCUCCGCCCAACUGAUGGAGACUUCUGGAUCGGUCUCCGCCGUAACCAUGGAGAGGAGAGCAGCUUGGACUGCCACUCUCAGUACUACUGGCUGGAUGGCAGCAAGUCCACAUUUAGGAACUGGCAUUUUGAUGAGCCCUCAUGCGGCUAUGAGGUGUGUGUGGUAAUGUAUCACCAACCGUCCGCUUCGGACGGUCAGGGGGAGCAGCCAUAUAUGUUCCAGUGGAACGAUGAUAAUUGUGAUACCAAGAACAACUUCAUCUGCAAAUACACUGCAGAGAAGCCACUGGAACCUUCCCCUUCUCCCAACUCCACUCAAACAAAUGUGUUCCCUUCAUCUGUGCUGCCGUGGAAUCCAAGUGACCAUAACCAGGGCAGCAGUACAGCUCUGAAUUUGGUUUAUGUCAUCAUCCCCACGAUUCCUCUGAUACUGCUGUUACUGACAGUGAUUGGAGUCUGCUGCUUCAAACUGCUCGUCAGACGAAGGAGGAAACCGCAGAAAUCAGAAGUAUGCCAGACAGACCCGGGCCUCUGCCCCAGCCCUGCUCCAAAUGACGUCUACAACGUCAUUCGCUCCCAGAAGGAGGAUGACCUGGUUUCUGCUCGCCCACACACUAAAAACACCUCCUUUUUAUGCUCCUCCCCUGACACCCCGACAGGUGACUAUGACAACCUGGGAGGUCGGGACACAGAGAGCGGUUUUGUGACGCUUGCCAGCACAGAGAGCUGCUUCCUCAACUUUGAGCUCAAUGACCUCAGCCUUGGGCGUCGUGCCACCCGCGACUUCAAUGACACCAGCUUGGGCCGUCCAGGAAAAAGGGACUUAACUGACAGAAGUCUGGGCUCCAUUGGGCACAGAGAGUUUUAUGACAGGAGUCUAGGUCGUCGUACGACAAAGAGUGAGCAUUACGGCAGCAGUGUGUAUGCUGAUCAUGGGUUGUAUAAUGGCAGUAUCAGAGGAGGGAGUGAUCUCUAUGAUGCCAAACUGAGGCCUGGAAGUCAUACAGUAAAGGCUGACCUCUAUCAGACAUACAUAACCAAUGGCAAGGAGGACACUUACCAAACCAGCAUUGGAUCCUAUGGAAACCGAAAGUCCUACCAAGCAAAUCUGGAUUGCUACAGAAAUGGCCUGAAUUUUGAUGUUGGAAAGAGAUACUUCAAUGAACAAGAAUGGAUCAACAGAGAAAACUAUUGAUCCUCUGAAAAGCUCCUUCAUUGUUUGUAUAGCAGUGUAUGUGUGAUUGUAAAAACAGUGCACGUACAGUACCUGGUUAUAAUUGUUAGUAGGCUAUGUUUCUAAAUCCCUUCAUGGGAUAUAUAUCAGGUAAGGACUUGCUGAAAUCAUAUUUUGUCGCAUACCCCACAGUUCAGUCUGUAGCCUAGACCAGUGUGCCAAUUAGUUUGUGGUAAUCAAACACAGAUUUGUUUGGGAAAAUUAAUUUAGAAUUAAUUAAAGGAUCAUCUUACCCAAAUUACAGUAAAACAUUUUCUCAGUUAUCUGUAAUCAUGUUAGCCAUGUAGGUAGUUUGGGUUUGAUUUGUUCAAGUUUUGUAACAUCUGUCCUGAGCUUUCUGACUAAACCCCAAUUUAAUGGAGGUGAAUUAACUUUUGUUUGUGGUACUCACACCAUUGGAUAAAUACAUUUGAACAUUUUAAAUAGUCCAACAGCAUCAUCUUUCUAUAAACAGUGUCCAGGUCACUCACUGUUGUGCUAUGAGCAAUUAAUGUCCAUUCACCCUUUACUAUGAACCAAGACUUUAAAGUUGCCUUGAGAUUGUUUACAGGUCUUAGGGAGUGCUACCACCUAUGUGA